CCAUUCGACUCAAAUCGUUAUCACCUUUAUCAUUAUUUAACCUUGAACCUAUCAACAUUCUGUGACGUUUUACUGAAGGCUCUGCCCAUUCACCUCCUUUGGUGUCGUCUGGUACAGGGUUGGGAAAAUGGUUGUGAGUCCAUCAACGAAAAUGUUCCUAAAGACGGCAGCCAAUGUGCUGAAUCGACGAGCCUUCUCAACCUCCAGGGUGACCUGUGCUCAGCAGAUGACAGUUCGAGAUGCCCUCAACCAGGCCCUGGAUGAAGAGAUGGAACGUGAUGAGACUGUUUUCAUCAUGGGCGAAGAAGUUGCCCAGUAUGAUGGUGCUUACAAGGUCUCAAGAGGAUUAUGGAAGAAGUAUGGAGACAAACGAGUUAUCGACACACCCAUUACAGAAAUUGGUUUUGCCGGUAUUUGUGUUGGAGCAGCAUUUGCUGGCCUUAAACCAGUAUGUGAGUUUAUGACAUUCAAUUUCUCAAUGCAAGCUAUUGACCACAUUAUCAACUCUGCUGCCAAGACUUAUUACAUGUCAGCUGGAAGGAUAAAAGUCCCAAUUGUUUUCCGUGGUCCUAAUGGAGCUGCAUCUGGUGUUGCUGCUCAACAUUCUCAGUGCUUCGGUGCAUGGUUUGCCCACUGCCCUGGACUUAAAGUCAUUUCUCCUUACAAUUCAGAAGACUGCAAAGGUCUACUGAAGGCUGCCAUCCGUGACCCUGACCCUGUAGUGUUCCUAGAGAAUGAACUUUUGUAUGGUAGUCAGUACCCUAUGUCUGAUGAGGCUUUAUCGAAAGACUUUGUCCUGCCCAUUGGCAAAGCUAAAAUAGAGCGAGCAGGUAACCAUAUUACCUUGGUGGCUCACUCAAAGGCAGUCGAACUGGCUUUGGAGGCAUCAAACGAACUGGCUGGGCAAGGCAUUGAGUGUGAAGUUAUUAAUCUUAGAUCUCUCCGACCCCUUGACACUCCAACUAUUGAACAGUCUGUUGUGAAAACCAACCACCUUGUCACUGUUGAACAAGGCUGGCCAACCUGUGGUAUUGGUUCUGAAAUUUGUGCACGCAUCAUGGAAAGCGAAGCCUUCUACCAUUUAGAUGCACCAAUUGUUCGAGUUACUGGUAUGGAUGGCCCUAUGCCUUACACUAAAUCUUUGGAAGGAUAUGCCAUUCCUCGGGCAGAAGAUAUUGUGGUUGCUGUUAAGAAAGUUUUGGGAGCUGCCCCUAAGUGAAGUCAUGGCUCAGAAAGGUUACCCACCCUCUGUAGGCUGCAGUAGGUGUCAUCUAACUGCUCAAAGUUUCCAUAUAUAAAAUGUCUGGUGAAAGCGGGUCCUCUGACAGCACAUAACACUACCUUUUUUGAGGUUUGUACUGAGGACGAAGAUCUGAUCCGCACUGUUGCUAAAAUUUAAAUAAAUUAUAGACAUAUUUAAUUAGAUGCCAUUUCACAUACAUAGUGGUAAAUUGCUGUGGCGUGCAUUCAAUUAGAGAAAAAAAAUGUAAUAAGUAUCAUUUAAUUGCACCACUGCCAUUACAUCAGCCAGUCCAUAUUUUAGAGCUUAUUUUAUACAGAUGCCAUUAAUCCAAAACAGUUUCAUUUUAAAAUACCAACCUGCCUAAAAGAAAUGUUUUGUUUCUAUUGAAGCUGUAGGAUGAUCAUACUCUUAACUAUGUGAGGUCAACAAAAUACUCCAUCUGUACCUGAAGUCUUAUGACUUCAAAUUCCUUAAAAACUUCCUUUUUAUUUGUCUUUUUUUAAAGGAAACUCAUACCAGUGUUUUUUUUUUAUGUUUCACUUAAGGUGUCUGUACAGACUUGUAAAUGAAUGGUUAUUUCACAGUUUCUUUUUACUGACAUAUUUUUUUUUUACUAUGAAAUUAAAUUGAAAAACAACAUGGUAUGUUCAUCAGGUGGUACUUGAUGAACCAAUUUUAUUUAUGUAAUUGCAGUUUUAGACUGUCUUGUAAAAAGAAAAACUUGUGGUAGAUUGUUUCAUACUGUGUAAGAGUCAUAUUUGUUAUUAAUUUGGGAGUUUGUUUUUGUUAUGCCAUUUUUAGAUUUUGUUUCUCUGUGCUGUAAUUUAAACUUCAUAUUUUAACAUGCAGCUUGAUUUUACAUCCAUGAGUGAAUGUUGCAGUACAAAUCUUGUUUAAAUGGAACUUACGAAAGUUGAAUAAAGCAUUUGAGGCAAUUGUUAUCUACUGCUGUGUAGAAAGUAAAUAUUCUUAUAUUUUCAUUUCACCAAGAGUCAGUGCUUGUGAAUUGAUUCUCACAUAAAACCCUUCGUUAUUGGAGGAAUUUCAUUGGGGUUCUUGCAGAAGUGCUUGCCAAGAGAUCUAGUCUUCAAUAUUACUAAGAGCAAUGCAGAACUGUUCAUAAUCUUUGCAUUUCACUUUGAGAUUUGAUACUUAUGAUUGCCAGUCUAUAAGAAUUUGUAACCGAACUAGGUGCAGGUUUCCUGAUGAAAGCAUUUUGCUUGGGAAGUAAAAUAUUUAUUUUCCUA